AUGGCGCCGGCCAAAGAGGAACCCGAGGUCCCGCCUCACACGAUCGACCGAACCCCAGAGUACGAAGAGUUUAUGACCAAGCUCAGGGCAUACCAUCAGGAGCGAGGCACCACCCUCGAAGCUGAGCCCAAGGUCGGGCCAAUCUUUCUUGAUCUCUAUAAGACAUACAACCAUAUUAUCGAGAAUGGUGGUUACGACAAGGUCUCUGAGGAGAAGCUGGCAUGGCGCCGGAUGACCGGCGAGCUUGGCAUCAACGCAGUCAACAUCGCCGCCACCGCCUUCGCUCUUAAGGAGAAGUACUACAAGAAUCUUGCGGCAUAUGAGAUCAAGUUCCACCACGGCAAGGAGCCACCGCCGAAGGACAUUUUGGAAGACACUUCAGCCAAGGGCGGCGGGCUGCUGACCCGUACGAGAGAGAACUUCCGAGGCAAGCGCGAUAGUGGCGCGGUUGGCGAUUCGGCAGCGGCAUCCGGCGAUGAUGCUACUCCCUCUCGAGAGCGCCCGACUCCAGAUGCCCCGCCCUCCUCAAGUGUUAGAGCCUCUCGUGGUCUGCGUGAAGCCCCUCCUCAGAGGGUCAUCUUCCAGCCAGACACUGGUCCAUCCAGACCAACUCGCCAGGCCUCGGGCCAACAGCCGAGCCAUUCUGGCACCCCUUCUUCUACUGCCCAGUCUGGGGCCCAUCACCCUCCCUCUCAACAAGUCCAGCACACCCCGGUUCCGCUUCCCCAUCAACCGCGUCCUGCCCCGAGAGGUCCCAGCAGCAGUUUCAACCCGGCGAACGGAGAGAACGUGUCUCAAGCGAUUGACAUGUGGGUUCCUCAGUCGUUGCAACAGACACUUCAGCCGCCUCCUAAGUUGAACCCGGUUGAUACUCCUACAAACAACCCGGCAGAAUUCAUUCGACGCCGACAGGUGGCUCGUUCUCUCCUGGAGCCGCCGCGUCGCACGGGACCCCACCCUGGAGUCGGAUUCGAGGGACCGAACAUCUACAUUCGCUGCCUCAUGGCCCUACGCUCGAACAUCUUCGAAGAGCAGCAGUUCGCGCUAUACCAUCUCGUGAAGAUCUCCUUCGAACGCCACGACAAGUUUAAGUUUGAAGGCUUCCCCGGACUCAGCGAAGGCCUUGUUGAGAAAGUUCUGGAGAUUGGCAGCUACUUUUACGACGUCAAGUGGAAGAUAUCUUGGAUCUCUCACCUGGCUGCCGACAGCGUUGACACCCUUGAUGGCAACGAAGGAACCGACGACAUCCUGGAGCGCAUCGACUCCCUCGCGACCAAGGAGCUCAAUGAGCAUAUUGUUCCCGCCGAAAUCGCUGACAGGAUGGUUCUGAUCAACGAGGCUGCCCUGACGCUAAGAAACAUGUCCCUGCUCCGCGAGAACGCUGCGCACCUUGCCGACUUCCUGCCAAUCAAGGACCUUAUCUGCAUUGUACUGAGCCUUCCCAAGCACGAGUGGGCGGUGGAGCUGAAGCAUGCGAUGCUCGAUAUUGCCGAGUCAAUCACCCCCUAUAUGGAGAUUGACUCUAGCGAUCCCUUGUACAAGGUCCUCAUGUGGCAAUUGCGCGAUUCUGACGAUCGCGGCGUAAUUCUCACUUCGCUUCGCGCGCUGGGACGGAUCUCGAUGAACUUCGAGGCCACUAAUAAACUUGACAAGGUUCCUUCUACCGUCCUGGUCAAGAUCAGCGAAAUCAUGUUGCUGAACGACGACGAGCUCAUGGACGCCUGCCUUGACUUCCUCUACCAGUACACCGCAGUCGUCGGCAAUGUUGACAACCUCGUCAAGUCGCUCAACUGCGAGCACCUGGUUGAACAGUUGGUCCGCCUACUCUCCCACAACGCCAGACGAUACCAUCAUGAGACGAGCCUGCGGCCCCCCGUCAAGCCGCCUCAGACAGACGAUCCCGCGGCCAUGCCUGAAGAUCUACUGCAAGAUCUCCUCAAGCUGGAGGAGCCUGAGCGCUGCAACCAAUGGGUCAAGUGCUUCUUCGAGGAAGAUAAGGACUCUUUCGUCACGCAGAUCGCGGCUUGGCAGGCUUACCAGAAUGCGUUUAAGACCGCCCUUCAGGCCGCCGGCCAGCCGCUGAUCACUCCUGCAGACUUUAUCCGCAACAGUUGUUCGGUCUAUAAGGGGUCCAAGGCUGAAGUGUGGCAUGGUUCGGGAGCCCCAGGUGAGAUGCAACAGAAGUUUAUCAUACACGGCAUCCGCUGCAGGCUCCAGCCGGUAGGCCUCGACGGCAAGGUCUUCCUCCGCUGCCUUUGGGACUCGUCGUCUGGCCGCCCCAACGAGAAGUGCGGCCACUUCUUCGGAACGAACGAGACCAUGUGGAACCACGUCGUCUCCACCCACCUCAACUGGACUCGCAACGAGGCGGGCUCUUUCGAAAACAAGGAGGAGGAUCUCAGAUGCCAGUGGGCCGACUGCAAGAAGUACGCGACGCCCACCAAGAUGAAGCGCGCGGAGAUGAGCCACCACCUCCAAACCCACUGCUGCCAGAUCUUCAACGGUAUUGCUAUCAACAAACACAAGUCAGUUCCCGGAUAUACUCAGCCCGGCGAAACCAUGACUUUCCAGUAUGAAGAGACGGCCGCCACCCAUGACGAGCAGAACCCUGCUGCCGGCCCCCAGGCUGCUGGCAUUCCCCUCAGCGCAGUCCUGAUCCUCCGCAACAUUGCGCGCAACGUCGUCAAGACGCCCGCGCAGGAGGACCUGCUGAAGCUGCAUGAGCUUGGAGGCGAGGGCGGUGGCUGGAACGAGCGCCUGUUCCGGACCCUGCUCCCUCGUCUGUAUGAGAUCAUGAGCGAGAACAAGCUUAUGGCACCCUACAUUGUAUCCCUCAUCCAAUUUGUGGAGUCUGAGAGGGACCUGUGA